GGAUUAAAAAGAUGUCGUUUUUGCAGUGUAUUGAAGGCAUGAGAUGGCCGAGUAGAGAAACUAGAGAGAGAAAGACAAAGAGAAGAGAGGCCGAGACGAGUACUGGUUUCUGAGAGUGUUUUUUUUUUUUUUUUCUGUUUUUCUUUUCUAUUCUAUUCUCUCUAUGUUGCUUUUCCUGACAAUUUUCUCUUCUACCACAGACUGAGAAAGAUUUGGAGUGACUAGAUGUGAAAAUGGACUCUUUUGAGGCUUCUAAUAUUGUGUUUAGUAGAAUCCGGAAGUUUGAACCAGAGAAUGUUACAAAGAAGAUAAUAGGGUAUCUUCUUUUACAAGACCGCGGUCAUGAAAUGAUUCGUUUGGCUUUUGGACCGGACACUUUAAUCCACAAUUUGAUAUACAAAACCAAAAUUCAACUUGGUUUAGUGGCGAAACCAGUUGUUUCGCCUCCGAUUUCACCUUCGAUGAACUUGGCUAAACCAGUUGUUUCACCUCCAAUUUCACCUUCUAUGAACCCAGGUUUUAAUCCCUUCUCACCGGUUUCAUCCCCUGUAACAUUGAAGGUUCCGUAUCCCUCCUGGGACCCCCAAGUCAACCCCGAUCACCAACCAAUGCAUAACCCCCAUUUCAUACUCCAAAAUCAGACUCAAUUCAUGGGUUUGGAUGAUCAAUUAGAGCCAGUUAAUCCAGGAAUUUCAGCUUUUUCGAGUGAUUAUUAUUACCCGGAAGCUACGUGCGCGAGAAGCCCAUGGUCUCCAACCCUAUCCGAGUUCCCAACGAAAGCUUGUCACUAUUUUAAUAAGGGGUUUUGUAAGCAUGGAAGUAACUGUAGGUACUUUCAUGGACAACCUUUCCCAGAGAGCCUCACUCAGAUGUUUAGUCCUAGUACAAAUGAUGUUGUUAAUGAAGAUCUGAUUUUUUCACCUAGGUCACUUGAAAAGUUAGAAUUCGAAAUUACAGAGCUGUUGAAAUCAAGAAGAGGUCAUCCCGUGUCAAUUGCCUCGCUGCCCAUGUUGUACUAUGAGAAAUACGGGAGGACCCUUCAGGCCGAAGGGUACCUCACUGAAAGCCAGAGGCAUGGUAAAGCAGGUUUUAGUUUGACGAAGCUCCUUGCUCGAUUGAAGAACAGUAUUCGGUUGAUUGACAGACCUCAUGGGCAGCAUUCAGUAAUUUUGGCAGAAGAUGCAUCGAAAUAUAUGGAAAACCGGAGUGAAAGAAAUGACCCAGGCCCAAUUGUUAGUGGAUCACGGCAGAUAUAUCUAACUUUUCCAGCUGAGAGCACUUUUACAGAGGAAGAUGUCGCCAACUACUUCAACACCUUUGGGCUAGUUCAAGAUGUAAGAAUUCCUUGCCAACAAAGACGGAUGUUUGGGUUCGUGACUUUUGCUAGUGCAGAUACCGUGAAGAUGAUUUUGUCGAAGGGAAAUCCGCAUUAUGUUUGUGGAGCUCGUGUUCUUGUGAAACCUUAUAGGGAAAAGUCGAAGCUUUCUGAUAGGAAAUAUGCGGAGAAACUGGAGCUUCCGAUGACUUGCGGUUCACACUAUACAGACAUGGAUUCUGAUUUUCACUCAAGAUGGGAGUCUUCAAGACUGCUUGGGAAGCUGUUUAUGGAAGAGCAAGAACAGGACAUUGAAGUUCAGACUAGGCGAUUCUCAGAGCUACAGUUAGCACAAAAACCUACUUCCAAUCAGUCCUAUUUUGGGUACUCUGUGGAUGAGCUGAAAGCUUCAGAAGCCAUUGCUCGUGCCUGUCAUUCCAAGUUCCCAUCAGCAGAACGGUUCAACUAUCUGUUGGAUGUCCUUAAUAGUAGCUCCGCCAGUGAUGAUAUUAAUCCCAAGCAUUCUGGAACCAAUCACACUGAUUCGGAGAGCAGCCAAGGCUUUAAUCUCCCGGAGAGCCCAUUUGCAUCUCCAAUAGUUACAUAGGUUCGGCAACAAACAGAAGAAUUAGAGUUCAGAGUACUACUAGUACUGGUUUUGAACAGCAACACCAUUACUUCAAAUUUCGAAAGAAUACAACACACAGCUCUUUCUUUCCCUUUCCGAUUUCUCAACUCAUUUGUUUAUCCAUCAAUCAAAUCCCCCUGCAAAUACAUACUCGCUAUCUUCCCCAUUACGUGGGGUUAAAAGCGGUAGGAAAGAAGAAUAUGACACAAGAAAGAACCAUGUAAAAGAAAGUUCUACAGUUUUCGUAAUGUUUUCACAGAAGGUAAAGAAAAUCUGAAUCUUUAGAAGAGAAUGUAAUAUAGUCUUUAAGCUAAUGAAAAGAAGCUAGUAUAAUAUAUGUAUGUGUAAUCUCUGAUCUGUAACACCAAGCAAUGGACAGAAAGUAACUUAUUGUAUACAAAUUAAUGCGGGGUUGUUCUUUUGUUC